AUGCCCGAGAUGGAAGCUCAUCCAGUUCUUCCUAAGAUGAUUGGUGAAACGAUCACUGCACCCUCCCCGAACCUUCUGGACUCUACUCUUUAUCCCCGUCGUGAUUGGGUCGUCAUCGAAAAGCUGAGUGAGUAUCCACGCCCGGUUACCCCCAAAGAUUUUGACGAUGGAGUGGGCCCCGCAUACACCGCUGGAAAAUAUCUUUGUCGCCUUGCAGGUUCCAGAGACCACGGUAAGCUUGCCUUCAUGCACAUCUAUGAACAAAUUCCUCUAGUUGGGACUGAACUUGACAACUUGAGCGUUCGCAAGGCACAGGCCUCUCAGCCACGAGGCCACACGAGAACGACCUUGUCCCCGGCGGAUAUCAUCCACCUUAUAUGGGAAAAUGUCCGAGAAUAUUAUCCUCUUAAUAUUGAGGAGUUCUGGAGCCUUCCCUACAGCCGACGAGAAAGCAUCCGAUUUUUGCUAGUUCUCAACUCCCCAGCCUGGUACAAGUACCUUUCCAUCAAGGCGAAGGAUCUCAAGAGUGAACAAAAACAGUGGAAGUGGUGA